GGCGCAUACAGGUCACACAGGUGUAAACAGCUCAGGUGUUCACCUGGCCGGAAAAUCUGUACGUGAUGGAUCCCAGGCAACAGUGGACAAGACCCAAACUCUCUCAGGAAUGGCAACCAGACACGCUGUUCCACCACGUUCAUUUGUACAAGGGAGACCAUUUACCAGCAAGUGGGGCUAGGAAUUAUCGGCGGCCGCAAGUACCUGAAGUCCAGAAAAGACCUGUCACAUAUCAUACAAACAAAAUUCUUGUGGGUUUACUUGUAUUCUUCAUCAUGACAACAACUGCGGCUGUCACCGUUCUGAUACUAAGGGAGUUAAGCCGGAAUCAAGCUAAAGCGGACGGACCAGUGAAAGUAAUAGUGAGUUCGGAAGCACUCAUGUCUGCCUAUCCAGGAAUGUUCCGUACCACAGAGCAAGAAACUGACUUCACGGAUAUCAAAUCAAAUCUUGAGGAUUUAAAACCAGUGAAUCGAUUUAUCAGCAUAGACAACAAGUGUAGUGUUUCAUGUAAUACCACUCCAAUCAUAGAAGGCGUUACAAGACCUCAGCCACAGCCUCCAUUCAUUAUGCAGCCUCAUGCCGUCCGAGCAAACAUAAUGAGAUCAAAUAUCACAGGUGUGCUGCCCAGUACCUCUAGGGUACGAGAGAAAAGGUCGUCAAGGUCGUAUGCAGACAAUUCUUUGUAUCAUGGAUGUUGCGUGUCCAAUUUCUACCAUAUUAGUCCGGUUACGUUGAAAACUACAGAAGGACAUUCCAGGACUUUGAUACAGCUUACAAAUACAAGACAGUUUUUUCAAAUCGAAAACUGCAGCCAGGCCCUCGGCUGUGUCGGGUGUACCUGUAUGACCGACCGGGUUCUGACAACAGCAGUCGUAUUGAAGUCAGAUUUGGAUCAGACUACGGAAACAACGAUGGAUGAUCUGGAAAUCCAAAACUUUUAUUUUGAUAGUUGCUGUAAAUGUGUGAAUGUUGGUUUCAAGAAUUAAAACAAAAUGUUUGGGGUUAAGUUUAUAAUGCAUUGCAAUGCUGAGUUUUUAUUUUCGAGAAAACUUGAUUGAAAUUAUAUAACAGUGUGUAACACAAACAACCUUUGAUCAAUAAUGGAGACGUCUAUAUAUUUAAGUGUUUCCAUAGCAAUGCCACGGUAUAAACUAGAAAGAAUGUUGAGUUAAUGGAUGGUAAACGUCAUCAAUAGCUUGUCUGUCAUGACGUCAUAAUUGUAGUGCGAGAUGUUGUACUAGUAUUUCCUUAUUGCGACUUUAACUAUCAUAGCAGUUCAAUCAAACUUUCUGUCUACAUAACAAUUUAUGUACUCAUUAAUUGAAAUAUUGUACUCUUAAAAUUCAGAAGUGAGUACAAAUGUUUCAAAGGUUCAUUUUUGACGAUUUGAAGUGAACAGAAUGUUUAUGAAGUUAUGAGUUUUCUCUUGUACAUAUAUUUUCAUGUGAUAUACUUAUAUCCUCGUGAAAAAGAUCCCUUAAAAUAGCAGGAUGCAUUACUGUCUGUCGUUUAAUAACGAAUUUUCAUGUCAGCUUUCUAGCACCCCUCAAUCAUUGCAGUAUUUAUAAGAAGUUUGGAUGUUUGAAUUCGCAUGUAAAGGAACCUUUUGUUUUAAAGGAAAUCCUUUGCAUUAUAAUACAUUAAUGCAUUCAGUGGAAUUUGGUAUAUUUUCAUGAUACGUUAUCCCCCAUCUCGAUAUUUUUACUUUUUUUUCCUCGUCAUAUCCCAACACAAAAUUAAGAUUGUAUUAAUUUCUGUCGCUUUCUGCGUUCACAAUUUUGCUCAGCUUGCAAGCACUGGAAGCGAUGCUUAGAAUUUUUCAUCUUGGUUUGAAUAAAAUAUUAUAUAGAUACAAAUUUAUUUUUAUAGUAUUUUUCAGAAUUCACUAAAUCUAUUAAUCGAUUUUUCUAUUCACAUAUUUCAAUACUCCUAUUUUUUUAAAAGUCACUUUCAAUGCUAGAGUACGAAUACCCUAAAAUGAUACCAUUAAUAAGUAUUCAAUUAAUUAGUAUUCAAACAAUUAGUAUUCAUUUAAUUAAUAUUCAAUUAAUUAGUAUUCAAACAAUAAGUAUUCAA